GUCGUUUGAUUUGCAUUGGAAUAAUUCCAAUUGGUAUUUGACUUUUAACAGAAACGCAUUAAAUUUUAAUAAGAGUUAUAUUGCGAUAAAAUACAUUAAAAUGCGAUUGUGGUUAAACUUGGCGCUGCUGGCCAGCUUAAUGCUAGCAGCUCAUGGUACAAAGCCGCCCCGUUGGGAUCCGAACUACAUUGUCAAGGGUACACUGUAUAUUCCAUAUGCUGAGAUAGCGGAGCCUUUUUAUGCCUGGUACGAUAAGAAUACGAAACGCUCCCGCAUUGAUUAUUAUGGAGGCAUGGUGAAGACUUAUCAGCUGGCAGGAGAGGGUCAAUAUGGCACCUCAUUGAAGCUGGCGCCGGUCACAACCCGAGAUAACCUUAACAAGCUGAGCUGUCUCCAGUUGAACGGCACGGAGAAGGAGCAUGUGGAAAUUCAAAGCAUUUUACCUGACGUAAAAACCUUUGCACUCAUCGGCACCGAGACAUUCCUCGGCUUUACUUGCGAUAAGUUCCAGCUGGUGCAGAUCAAUGGCCAGAAGAAGAACAUUUAUACGUUGUGGGUGCGCUACAAGAAGUCACCACAUUAUCCCGCCAGUCGUAUGCCGAUUCCAGUGCGCUAUGAGAUGCGAGGCUACAAUACGCUGUUGGGUUCCCACUUUGAUCAUUAUUAUCUGGAAUACGAUAGCUACGUGCAUGACGACAUUCCCAACGAGGUGUUUGUGAUCGAUGAGAGCUUAACGUGCACUGGCUUCCCAGGUCCCGGCACCGGACACUUCGCCACAUUUAAUCCCAUGCGGGAGUUCAUCUCGGGCAGCGAUGAGCAUGUGGAUAAUGCGUUCCAUCAUUUCAAGCGCAAGCACGGCAUCGAUUAUAGCGAUGACAAGGAACACGAGCAUCGCAAGAACAUAUUCCGUCAGAACUUGCGCUAUAUUCACUCGAAGAAUCGGGCUAAACUGAGUUAUACGCUGGCUGUCAAUCAUCUGGCCGAUAAGAGUGAGGAGGAGCUGAAGGCGCGACGUGGCUACAAGUCAUCUGGUGUCUUUAACACAGGCAAACCCUUUCCCUAUGACGUGAACAAGCUCAAGGAUGAAAUACCCUCUCAAUACGAUUGGCGUCUAUAUGGAGCUGUGAGUCCCGUUAAAGAUCAAUCGGUGUGCGGCUCUUGCUGGUCCUUUGGAACAAUUGGAGCUAUUGAGGGCGCAUUUUUCCUUAAGAACGGCGGCAAUAUGGUGCGUCUCUCGCAGCAGGCGUUGAUCGACUGCUCUUGGGGCUAUGGCAAUAAUGGAUGUGAUGGAGGCGAGGACUUCCGGGUUUAUCAAUGGAUGAUGCAAGUCGGCGGCGUACCCACCGAAGAGGAAUAUGGCCCCUAUCUCGGCCAGGAUGGAUAUUGUCACAUUGCCAAUACUACACUUGUGGCCCCCAUCACCGGCUUUGUCAAUGUCACCGCCAAUGAUCCCGAUGCCUUCAAAUUGGCCUUGCUCAAGCAUGGUCCGAUCUCGGUGGCCAUUGAUGCCUCCCCCAAAACUUUUAGCUUCUAUUCGCACGGUGUCUACUAUGAGCCAGAGUGUAAGAACGAUAAAGAUGGCCUCGAUCAUGCCGUCUUAGCUGUCGGCUAUGGCACCAUUAAUGGCGAGGAUUACUGGCUGGUUAAGAACUCCUGGUCCACCUACUGGGGAAACGAUGGCUACAUUUUAAUGUCUGCCCGCAAGAACAACUGUGGCGUCAUGACCAUGCCCACCUAUGUUGAAAUGUAGAAACUCAUUCCCCUCAUAUCAUAUGCAUAAUGAUUUCAAUUGUACUUUACAUUCCAAGGCCCUAAGGGCUUUUAAUAAGCAAUAAAAUAACAUGUUUAUACUCAUUUUAUAAUUAAA